UCAGAAGAAAGGGAUAGAAACAAUUCAAUGUACUAUUACCGGCUUAAGCUCAAGUUUACAACUAAAGUAUUCGGAGUGUUCAAGCAGACUAUUCUAUUCGACUUCGGGACUAAACCACUGCUUUCACAGACCGUGAAUGUUUGUGUUUCUCCGGAAUCAGCAGAGGAUGACCUUCUUUCAGUCCAGGAAUCUAUCCUAAGUGUAUCUGACGUAUGGGAUGAAUCUAACUCUAAUAUCCUGAAGUUUGAACCUGCUCCCCCUAAGGUUCAGCAGGACGAGGAUACACUGCUCAGCCAGUAUCCUAUUCCUCAACCAUCAACCUUUAGCAUUCCUAAGGCGUGUGGGGAUACUGGACUGACCCUGGAGACAUAUCGGCAGAGGUUUCAUGAGCUCCUCUACAUGGAGGAGCUCAGCCAGUACAAGGAGAUCACAGGAUUUAAUGCUCACCUUAAUAUUCAUAUUACAGAGAGGUAUUUGCUAUCUGCUACACCGUCCAAUGCAUCCACUGCCAAGUAUGCUAGACCUGGAGAGUUAUUCGGUAGAAUUGAAUUAAACUCUGAACUCUCAGAAGAUUCUAAGGCUGGAAAACUUAUCCUGACAAAAUGUUCGUCUGUGCUGUUGAGGACGGAUCCUGACUACUCUGCGGAGAAGAAGAAAGGAAAGAAGAAGACAGAGAAGAAGAAGAAAGUAGCCUCUGCCAAUUCUAAAGUUUGGGAAUGUUUGAUAGAAGAUACUGCCAAAUCUGUGAUUUACGUAAGGUUACCUGCUGCACUUGUUCUAGUUUUGAAUCUUGAGACGGAUACGAGGAUUAAAUCUGAGAUUCAGUUUAAACUCAGCAGACUUUCCUUAGUAGAGAUGCAUUAUGCUGUAGAUAGAUUGACCGAUCUAAGAGUAGUAUACCCUGACAUCAGCAUCUCCUUGUCUAUCCCCUGGUCCCCCUCGCACAACUGGAAGGAGACUCUGGACCCUCUCCUCAACGCUAAGCAGAAGGAGGCGGUGCUAGCUAUCACCUCCCCUCCUGCAGUUCACCUGCCCCCUAUUCUAAUAAUUGGACCGUACGGAACUGGAAAAACAUUCACACUCGGCAAAGCUAUUGAUUUGUUACUAAAGGAGACGACAUCAAGAAUCCUGGUUUGUACGCAUAGUAAUAGUGCUGCAGAUCUUUAUAUUAAGGAUUACAUUGAUCCCGCUGUAACAAAAGGAAACUUAUCCAAGAAGAUAUUAAGGAUUUACUACUAUAACAGAUGGGUUCAAACAGUACAUACGACAGUACAGAAAUACUGCUUGAUAGAAACAGACGAGAUGACGUCCACCAGACGAUUCAAGAUACCAACCUUACAGGAUUUGGUAGACUGUGAUCUAGUAGUUGCGACAUUAUCGACUAGCAGAUGUUUGACCCAGCUACUGAAACCCGGUCAUUUCACACAUAUUCUUUUGGAUGAAGCAGCACAGGCUUUAGAAACUGAGGCAAUUCUACCCUUGAUCCUUGCUAAUUCUACGACCAGAGUUGUGCUGGCCGGAGAUCAUAUGCAGCUUGAACCGGAGGUGGUUUCUCCGUUCGCUCUGGAGAAGCAAUUUAAUCUAUCUCUUCUAGAGCGUUUGUAUGAUCUAUAUCCAAGAAACUAUCCGUGUAAAAUUCUCCUCUGCGAAAAUUACAGGAGCCAUCAAGAGAUUGUUUCAUUCACUAGCAAUCUUUUCUAUGAUCAGAAACUUGUGGCGAGUGGAAAGCAACCGCUGCAUCCUAAAUGGUUUCCCUUAACCUUCUUUACUGCUAGAGGAGAGGAUGUUCAGGACGUGAACUCCACCUCCUACUACAACAACUACGAGGUCGGGGAGAUCGUGGAUCGUCUGAUCGAACUGAAGAAGAACUGGCCAAAGGUCUGGGGUAGGAAGGAGGAGGUUGAGAUAGGGGUUGUCACCCCGUACCAUGAUCAGGUUAUGCGGAUCCGAGCCGAGCUACGGAAGAAACGGAUGCACAACAUCUCUGUUGAGCGCGUUCAAAACGUGCAAGGGAAGCAAUACCGCGCAAUAUUUAUCUCCACGGUGCGCACUAGAGAAUCCUGCACCUCACAACCGCCUGAAAGAACAGAUUUCGGGUUCUUGUCUAGCGCUAAACUGUUGAAUACAGCAGUUACUCGGGCUCAGAGCUUAGUAGCAGUUGUAGGAGAUCCUGUAGCCCUUUGCUCAGUGGGAAGAUGCAGGAAGUUAUGGGAGAACUUUUUGGAGAUAUGUUCUAAAAACAAGAGCCUGGUUGGGUACACCUGGAAGGAGUUAAGGCUCAACCUCGAAGCUAUCGAGCUGAAGAAUAUUUACGGGCUCAACCCUAUGGCUAAGGAGUUUAUUCCAAGAGUUUUAUCUGUGAGCCACGAGACUAUACCCGCCUUCCCUGCUACCCAUCCUCCCCCUGUCUCCUGUAUACCACCCUGGUUCAGCAUGACAGGUUUAGGGACCCUACCUAGGGUACCAGGUAUACCUACUCUGGGGCCCUACCACGGGUUAAGUCCACUAAGUUUACUGGGCCCUGGAACUCCCGGGUUCCCUCUGCUCAACCAUCCCUUCUACCCUGGCAUCCUACCUCCGUCCUUUAGCUUACCUAUCUCUGCUCCUCUGUCCUCUGCGUCCUAUCCUCUUAACCCUGUCCUCCAAUCCUACCGUCCUCCAACUAUGGCAGUGUCCACUCCUACGGUCAGAGCAAGGUUUUCUCCUGUUUCUACUCCGGUACAGGUGCAAUCGGAGGCAACUGCGGUGUACAAACCACAAGCUGUAGGAGGCACAAGUAAAGCUGGAGGAGUUGUUACAUCUGCUAAGGAUCGUAUUCUGCCGCCAAGAACAGAUUUAAAAACCAUUCUUUUAUCCAGGGAAGCCCAGAUUGCCUGGUUCAACGCCUUGAAAUCAGUCGGGAAAGAUAUCGAAGCUGCAGCCUUCCAAGAGUUGAUUAUUUCUGAAGGCGGAGAGUUGUUAACGGAAGACGGAGAACACUCCGCCGCGGUUGAGGUGAAGGACGAAGUGGGGCAGAUGGAAACCUUGUCCCUAGGACGGGAGAGUCCGGAGGAUGAAGAGAAGGACGGGAUGAACUCGAUGUUCGAGUCUUUAAUGGCGGACUUUGAUAAACACGAGAAUGAGAAGUUUGAGUAUAAACCGCUUUAUUUAAGGCGUGCUCAACCCUUGGAGGAUUCGUGUGAUAUUUCCUCACCUAGAUCCUCAGAUUCAAACCAUCCGAGUACACAUCCCAACCCGGAGCAACCCAUCCAUCAUGGGAACGGAUUCAAUUAUCAUCCUCAACAUGCUAGCUCGGAACAAAGUAUUCAAAUCUCCGGGAUGAAUGAAAUGGAUUCCUCAAGUCAGAAUUGGCACCUGCAAAUGGAACUUCUGAGACGGAAGAUCUCGUUUGAGGAGCUUCUUGGCCUCGAAAAUGAGAGAGUUAACUCCAACCUAAUGCAGGGGAAUCAUGUGAACCACAUCCUUGAGAAUUCUUUAAUCUUCGAGAACCAAACUCUUUCCGAGAACCAUUGUCACCCUGAGAACCAGAGGUUUGUGGAUCAAUCAAGUUCUCAAGAAAACCAUUUUAAAAACCAAAACGGGCGAACAUCCGGUACGGAUUCCUGGAACCGGUUCAAUCCGGAUCCGGUAGAUCUUGAGACAUAUCCUUCCUUCCCGGAUCCGGAGCGGCGAGUAACAUCAGAUUCGCCUUCGCCACUGCCAACCUACGCCAGGGUAGUGAGAACUUCGCCACGUCAGCCUGAGGAGGAUACACUUACUAAAAUCAGGAAUCUUGGAACCUUUGGAUUCCAGAACCUUGGUUAAGCAUGGAACAACGACAAGUUAAACACGUGUUUUUUUACAAACACAAAGAUAUACGUUUUUUUAAGUAAACAAAAAAAAUAUACCUAAAAAUACUCAAGUGACAAAAAAGAUUUUUUUUAUAUAUGUAAGUUUUAAUAUUAAGCCUAUUAUUAUUGCUUGUAAAUGCACACAAAAAAAACGUACAAAAAAAAAUCUAACCCCCUAGAAUAGAAGUAAUUGGAAUUUGUAAAAUUAUCAUUUUGAUGAAUGCUUACAACUUAUUAAUUGUAACUGUUAUACUAACUUUUGACUCAAUUAAUGAAAUUAUUAACCUUUGAAAAGUAAAGUUAAGUAAUAUAAUGAGAACUACAUUUGCUAAACUUAAUUUCUCAACGUUUAUUUUGCCCGAUUCUUUCAUUUCCAGUCUUAACAGUCAUUCUGAUUAGAUAUACAAUUUUUACCACGUUUUUCUCUAGAAAUGAUUUUCUAGUUUAAGAAAUAUCUUUAAUGGGGUUUUAACAAAGCUUUUUAAAAAUGAGGAGGAGGGGGGAGUCUAGAUUUUAUCAAGAAUUCCAUUUUGUAAACCCGAGUUACCUUAAAGUUUUAGGCCCGAUCGGUUUAGCCCUUUUUCGAAUUAUUUUCUUCUUUCUUUUCAGUUAUUUUUAUGCAACAACUUGCUACAAGGACAUUUUUGAUAAUCUCUCUCUUUUUUGUAACAGUUCAGAUUUGAGUUUUGAGAGAAACAGAUUUUCUUUUGCAGUUUUUGUUUGAUAUUUUGCCCUGGGAUCCGGAUCCUAAACACUGAUUAAGGUUUAAUAUAAACAAUUCAAAUGAAAGAAUCGGACAGCGUAUGAGUAACUUAGGCAGCUAGACCAGACGAAUGUCAGAGAAAAUCCUGAAUUUUAUUUAAAUUUGAAACAAAGUUGAAUAAAGAAUUGUAUUACCAUGCUUAAGUUACCCUAAGAUUUUAUAAUAAUACCAAAGUAUUAAAUUUAAUUUUAUAUUUCCAUCUUGAUUAAUGUUUUAGUGUUAUACAUAGAUAUAUUUAUUUGACAAAGUAAAAACUUGUAAAAAUUUUGUAAAAUUUGUUAUCGCCAUUUUUAUAAAUAAGUAAACGCAGAGGUUUUUGUCCCGAUCUACAAAGCUUAUAGGACCAAUUCAAUUGUACAUUCAUCCCGGCCCUACCUUCCUUUAUUCAUUCAUUCUAGCCCUACCUACAUUCAUUCAUUCAAGCUCUACCUAUUUUCAUUCAUUCUAGCUCUACCUACCUUCAUUCAUUCUAGCCCUACCUAUCUUCAUCCAUUCUAGCUCUACCUAUCUUCAUUCAUUCCAGCCCUACCUACCUUCAUUCAUUCUAGAUUUACCUACCUUCAUUCAUUCUAGCUCUACAUACCUUCAUUCAUUCUAGCUCUACCUACUCUCAUUCAUCCCAGCUCUACCUACUCUCAUUCAUUCCAGCCCUACCUACCUUCAUUCAUCCCAGCCCUACCUUCCUUCAUUCAUUCUAGCCCUACCUACCUUCGUUCAUUCUAGCUCUACCUAUCUUCAUUCAUUCCAUGCCCUACCUAUCUUCAUUGAUUCUAGCCCUACCUGCCUUCAUUCAUUCUAGCUCUACCUAUCUUCAUCCAUUCUAGCUCUACCUACCUUCAUUCAUUCUAGCUCUACCUACCUUCAUUCAUUCUAGCUCUACCUAUCUUCAUUCAUUCCAGCCCUACCUACCUUCAUUCAUUCUAGAUUUACCUACCUUCAUUCAUUCUAGCUCUACCUACCUUCAUUCAUUCUAGCUCUACCUACUCUCAUUCAUCCCAGCCCUACCUACUCUCAUUCAUUCCAGCCCUACCUACCUUCAUUCAUCCCAGCCCUACCUUCCUUCAUUCAUUCUAGACCUACCUACCUUCGUUCAUUCUAGCUUUACCUAUCUUCAUUCAUUCUAGCUCUACCUACCUUCAUUCAUUUAUUCUAGCUCUACCUAUCUUCAUUCAUUCUGGCUAUACCUUCCUUUAUUCAUUCUAGCUCUGCCUACCAUCAUUCAUCCCAGCCCAACCUACCUUCAUUCACUCAUCCUAGCUCUACCAACAUUCAUUCAUUCUAGCCCGACUAACAUUCAAUCAUUCCCGCCCUACCUACCUUCAUUCAUUCCUCUCAGCCAUACCUACCUUCAUUCAUCCCUCUCAGCCCUACCUACCUUCAUUCAUCCCAGCCCUACCUACCUUCAUUCAUUCUACCUUUACCAACCUUUAUUCCAGCCCUACCUACGUUCAUUCAAUCCAGCCUUACCAACCUUCAUACAUUCUAGCUCUACCAACCCCCAUUUAUCCUAGCCUUACCGACCUCCAUUCAUCCAAUACUUCCCUACCUUCAUUCAUCCCAUUCUUCAACCUUCAUUCAUCCCAUCCUUCCCAACCUUCACUCAUCCUAAUCUUCACUCGCCUUUAUUCCUGCUAUUCUACAUUCAACGAAACCUCCAUUCCUGCUGUUCUCCAUUUAACGAUACCUCCAAAACUGCUAUUCUUUAUUCAAAGAAACCUCCAUUCCUGCUAUUCUCCAUUCAACAAAACCACCAUUCCUGCUAUGUUCCAUUUAACGAAAUCUCCAUUCCUCCUAUUCUUCAGUCAAUGUAACCUCUAUUCCUCCUAUUCCAUUCAAAGAAAAUUAAAAUUUAGGCCUUAUAAGCUUUGGAGAUGAGGUUUUCCCUCUUGUGUUUAAAAUCAUAAAAUUAAACUAUUUAUAUUGAAAUAAACAUUGGAAAUGUU